CGAUCGCGGUCUGCCGACUACUGAAUGUCUACUGCUUACUAUCACCGACCGUAAAUAAUUUUAAUAAUGCAUAUAUGAUUAUUGAUUACCUACAAUAUUGCUGUUUGUUGAAAUUAUUUACAAAAUGAUCGCGGUAUACUUAUGCUUAGUUAGUGUUAUUUUAUCCCCAUUCGUGUCCUCGAAAAUUUCUCUAAUAUCUUUUGGAGGAAAAACAUAUUUGAAUGGUCAGUAUAUAGUCGAAGCACCUGAUAAUGGAAAUAUAGCAGAUGGAAUUGUGAAUGGUCUUACCAAAGGAUUGAAAUUAGUCAUUGUGAAAACAUUGACGCUUCAAGAAAGAAUAACUCUUGGAGAGCGAUUAAAGAAAUCAAAUGACGAAUUAAGCGAAAUGGAGGAGAAAAAAUUGAAAAGAUUAGAGGAUCGUGAAAAUGAUUUGGAGAAAUUGUUCAAAGGAGAAGAAGAGCAACGACCUAAUUACUUAACAAAUGAAAAUAAAGUCUCAACUAUAAGUCGUAAGAAAUUUAUUGUUAAAGAAAUGCCGGAACCGAACAAUAUAACAGAGGUCGACUCACGAACGACGCAGUAAGAUAUAAUAGAGUGAUGAAAGUAGCCAACAAUGGCGAUAUGACAGUUAUUAGUAAAAUAUAUAAAAAUAAUAAUCAAUAAAUGAAGACCCGUAUCUAAUA